AUGUGUGUGGAGACUAUAACACAGCUCUCCUUGAAGGUUUUUUUUUUUUUUUUUUUUUUUUUUGCUGCAGGUGACUUUAAAGGAGAUGUGUUGAUUGACAUCAGCAUUGGUCCCAUCAUUCACCAUCUCUAUUCGGCCCAGGGAUGUUUCAAAGAUAUCAUCCUUCUCAAGCCUACUGACCACUGUAUUGUAGAAGUGAAAAAAUGGACGGGUAAACGAACCGGAGCAUUUGAUUGGUCACAUACCUAUACGGUUGGUACAGAGAUGGCAGAAAACAGUGUGCAUGGUGAGGACAAAGAAAUUGGACUCAGGGAGGCCAUUACCCAUGUUGUAAAAUUUGAUCUUGACCAGGAAAAUCUCACCGGCCCAGUGGUGCUUCCACAAGCUGACUGCCUUGUGCUGCUCACCUCUAUUCUGGAAACCAUCAGCAAAGACCUUGAAGAUUUUGUGAGAAACUUCAGGAAAUUCUCAAAGCUUCUAAAACCUGGCGGACACUUGUUGUAUUAUGGAUUUUUAAAUGGCACUUUCUAUAUGGUUGGCGGAGACAAGUUCCAUGUUGUCAAGUAUAAUGAAAGCAACUUGAGAAGUAUACUCAGUAAUGAGGGGUUUAUCAUCAGCCAUUUGGAGGUUUCCCAAAGAAUGGCGGAGAGUGAUCUAUGUGAUUUUGACUCAACUGUGUUCUGCAUAGCUUGUAAAGAAUAG